GUUUAUGUGUUAGCUUGCAGUUUUCAGUGGGUAUUCAGUAAAAAUUCUUAUUCAGGAAAGUUCAAGGACGGUUCAAGAGAACACAGCUUCUCCAAAGGUUUUGGCAGUCGCAGACGAGUCGCUUCGGGAGUCACUGCAGUCAGAGAUUGUUCCUGAUCCAAUGGAUGCUGAGCAGACAUGGCCUGAUGAGUAUGAUGCUAAGGAUGACGGAAAGUUGAGGAAUGCUCCGGGAACUCGAAAUGUCCCUAAAGGAACUUCAUCUUAUCAGGCUGCAUGGAUUCUUGAGGAAGAUGAGGGUGGCGAGGGUAGUGAAGAAGAUAGUGAAGAAGACGAAGAUGAGGAAGAAGCUGGUGUUGAAGGCGAGAUGGAAGUGGAAGCAGAUGAAAACACUGACGCAGAAGACCAUGACAUUGAAGGAAAGAUGGACGAUUUAGCUUCGGAAUUAGCUGAUGAUGGUGAAGAUGAGGCUGACGACCUUGAUGAGGUUGAAAAGUAUCGUCGAGAACGAGAAGAUGCUCAGUUCCCUGAUGAAAUCGAUACACCUAUCGGGGAUCUUGCAAGAAUUCGAUUCCAGAAGUUCCGUGGUCUCAAGAGCUUUAGGACAUCUCCAUGGGACCCCAAGGAAAAUCUGCCUUCCGAUUAUGCUCGCAUCUUCCAGUUUCAAAAUUACAAGAAAACUAGGAAGAAUGUGCUGAGUCAAAUUGACGAAUAUGAUUCGGCAUCCUGCGUUUUUCCUGGACAAUAUGUAACACUACAGAUUGACCGCGUUCCGAUC